AUGACUCAAACCAAGAGCUACGACUCCAAGACUCCUACCUACUCCGUCUCUAUCCAGUCUAGCGAGCCGGGUAAGCCCGAGAAGAACGAGUAUGAGAACAUCAGCACCAAGGCACCAUGCCCAACGCACGGCCCAAGCCAGUCCGAGCGUUUCGAUCGCGAGCUGCAAAAGCCACAGGCACAGGCGAUGAUCCUUGCAUUGACAAAGGCGUUGAAUGAUAUCAACGACCAGGAGAAAUGCACCAAGUGUGCAGUGGAGAACGCCUCAACUGUUCUCACCACCCAUGUCCGGGGCAUCAGGGAGCUGAAGCAGAAUGGGGAAUGGACUAAGGAAGAGCGAAAAGCACUCAAGGCAGAGGUGAAGGGCAUCUUCAAGCCUGUGAAGAAGAGCGUGAAGGCUUUGUGGAAAGAAGGACGAUAA